ACGAAAGUCGCUGGGCGGACACACACGAAGCAAUCAAUGAAUGAAUUAGUCAUCGGAGUUAGAGGCAUGAAAAUUCGUUGAGUAAUCAAAUUAUCUUCAAGACAGGCCCCUGCUUGUACAUGUUCACGUCGGAGUCGCAGCAAAAAGUUGUAGGAGAGAAAAAAAAGCUAUUAAAGAUGUCCCAGCACGGGUACCGACAAUCAAGCUGGGCAAGCCCGACCGCCACCACCACCAGCACCCAUCAUCAGCAACCCGACCCGAAAACCCGCGCGAAAAGGCGCUGGAUGAUGUGCAUCAAAUGUGCGCAAAUGUUGACUUGCGCGACUUUCCUGGCGCUUCAGCACAAGUUCUCGGCGUCCCUGGAAGAAAACUUCACGACGCUCGAAGUUUGCCUUUGCGUCGCAACUGCCGGCGCCCUUUUGCUCGUCACCACCUUCGUCUUCCUCGACUAUUGGGACAGUUUCCGGCCCAAUAGUCAGGAACUGCGCUACGACGUCGUCGCCGCCGUUUUGAUGCUCUUCAUGACGCUUUAUUUGGGGCGCCGUGGGCUCAGGAGCUGCUCGAAGGAGUGGCGGACCCGCGUCGAUUUUCUCUCCGCCGCCGAGGAGCGAAAAUUGUCGCAGGAUUAUUUCGCCGACGACUUUGACUACUAUGAAGACGAUGCCGUGGAUGAGGACGACGAUGACGUUCGGCAGAAACGCGUUAUUGUCCCGAGUCCAGUAUCUGUAGCCACGUGUCCAGCUGUUUCUUUUGCGGACGCCGUGAAUUCUUUGCAUGUUUGCCGACAGACAGAAAAAUCGAUUCCCUUGCUCGUCACGGCACCAGUUGGAAUUAGCGAAUACCAAGAGGAGGAUGACGAUGAUGAUGACGACGAAGAGGAGGAAGAAGAAGAAGCUUGCGAGAAGAAUGCGACAUUGACAAAGGAUGAGGAAGUGGAUGAGGAGGAAGAUGUGUGUCGGUUGGAACCCUGGCUCUUGAGCCUUGUUGCAACGACAGCUUGCGGGUUUCUGACUUAUGGCAUUGAUUAUUGGGUUGCACGGAAUUUCGUGCGGAAGGUGACUUGGGCUGAGUGGUUUGCAGAUUUGAUGCUAGUCGGUGCCCAGGGUUCGUCUGCCGACAACCAGAGGUUUCCUGGACCCCCUCAGGAAGAGGCGCCGGAAGGAAGACCAUUCAGACCGACGCCGACAUCUUCAAUGUCCGGGGACUGGUCCAGGCUGUAAACCAGCGAAAGAAGCGUAACUGAGGCUAUAUGGCCCAGUUUUUUUUUCCCUUUCUUGGUCAGGCAACACCGGAAAUCAAUAUCCGCGAUCGAGAUGAACCCCGACGUGUGGGUGCGGAACCUGUCAAUUUCCGCUCUCUGCCGAAGAAAAAUUUUGUUCAAUGUUUCUGUGCGGAGAAACGAGAAAAAUUGAGCCAUUCAUGGAACCUCCUUCGUUUUUUAAGCGUAAAAUCCCCACUCGAGUGUGAUGUGUCUGUGUGUGAGUGAUGUUGUAUGCGCACUAAAUCGAUGAUUCUGUUGGUUUCUAUAUAGCAGUAAUAAAGACAUUUUUCUGCGACCCACGCAA